AUGAGUAGUCCCUUACUGGGUGUAGUAUUAUUGACUCUUCACAGUAACAAGUAUGACACUCAAUGCACACAAAUUGAAGUGAUACCAUGCAAAAUUUGUGGAGAUAAGUCCUCUGGAAUACACUAUGGAGUCAUCACAUGUGAAGGCUGCAAGGGUUUCUUUAGGAGGAGUCAGCAGAACAAUGCCUCUUACUCCUGCCCCAGGCAGAGAAACUGUUUAAUUGACAGAACCAACAGAAAUCGUUGCCAACACUGCCGACUGCAGAAGUGUCUUGCCCUAGGAAUGUCUAGAGAUGCUGUGAAAUUUGGAAGAAUGUCCAAAAAGCAGAGGGACAGCCUGUAUGCUGAAGUGCAGAAGCACCAGCAGCGAUUACAGGAGCAACGGCAGCAGCAGAGUGGUGAGGCAGAAGCCCUUGCCAGGGUAUACAGCAGCAGCAUCAGUAACGGCUUGAGCAACCUGAACAACGAAACUGGUGGCACUUACUCGAAUGGGCAUGUCAUUGACCUGCCAAAGUCCGAGGGUUAUUAUAAUGUGGAUUCUGCCCAGCCCUCCCCAGAUCAGUCUGGGUUAGACAUGACUGGAAUCAAACAGAUAAAGCAGGAACCAAUCUAUGACCUCACUUCUGUACCAAACUUGUUUACCUAUAGCUCUUUCAACAAUGGGCAAUUAGCUCCAGGGAUAACCAUGACUGAAAUAGAUCGAAUUGCACAGAAUAUCAUUAAGUCCCAUUUGGAGACGUGUCAAUAUACAAUGGAUGAACUACACCAGCUAGCAUGGCAGACCCACACAUAUGAAGAAAUUAAAGUAUACCAGAGCAAGGCAAGAGAAGCAUUGUGGCAGCAGUGUGCCAUCCAGAUCACUCAUGCUAUUCAGUACGUAGUGGAGUUUGCAAAGCGGAUAACAGGCUUCAUGGAGCUCUGUCAAAAUGAUCAAAUUCUACUCCUUAAAUCAGGCUGCUUGGAAGUGGUUUUGGUGAGAAUGUGCCGUGCCUUCAACCCACUCAACAACACUGUUCUGUUUGAAGGAAAGUAUGGAGGAAUGCAAAUGUUCAAAGCUUUGGGUUCUGAUGAUCUGGUGAAUGAAGCGUUUGACUUUGCAAAGAAUUUAUGUUCCUUACAGCUGACUGAGGAAGAGAUUGCGUUGUUUUCGUCUGCUGUUCUGAUAUCACCAGAUCGAGCCUGGCUAAUAGAACCAAGAAAGGUCCAGAAACUUCAGGAAAAGAUUUAUUUUGCACUUCAACAUGUGAUUCAGAAGAACCAUCUUGAUGAUGAGACCUUGGCAAAGUUAGUAGCCAAGAUACCAACCAUUACUGCACUUUGCAACUUGCAUGGAGAGAAACUGCAGGUAUUUAAGCAAUCUCAUCCAGAUAUAGUGAAUACACUGUUUCCUCCAUUAUACAAGGAGCUUUUCAAUCCAGACUCUACCACGGGCUGCAAGUGA